AAAAAAUAGAGAAACCUUGAACAAAAAGACAAAACAGAAAAAGAAUUCUCCGACCAAAAAAUAUCAAAAUGGUAAACCAAAAGGGCAAAGAAAGAAACUGUAGCGCCAAUCUAAAGAUUUCCCGCGUCAUCGGCAGGAAAUGCUCACCGGACGGGAGAGUUUGCUCCGGUUGAUUGGAAAGCGCCGGCGAUUUCUCCCCAAUCGCCACCUUCUUCUCUCCGCUCAUACUCCGAAUUCGUUAAAUCUCGAGUUCAACGACUAUGGCAAUCUUGUCUCAUUAGCCGGAGAUGAUUGUCGUUUAUCAGAGGAUCCGACUUCUUCAGAUGACCCGAGUAAAUUCUCUGAUGAUUUGAGUUUAUCCACGAGGAAGAAACGGAGAUUAACUCAGACCACUCUUCUUCAGUCAAGUUUCUUGUCAGUGCCAAAACAAUUAGAAGAUGGUCUUGUAAUUUGUACUCAGCAGAAAUCGAUACUCGAUUCUGAAACUUUUGAAUUCAGUUUGGUGCAAAGAAGUGAGCCUAGUGAGUCUAUUUGCUGCAAGGUUGAAGAUGGUUCAUGUUCUCCAAGUAGGGAGGAGAGUUUGAAAACUGUGACUUUAGAUGAAGACAAUGGUGAGGCUAUUGAAACCUUUAUAGUUGGUAGGAAGUUCAGUGAUGUUCAGGAUUUAGAAAUUGGGGGUGACAUUUUUCUUUUGAGACAUCCUGAGAAUGUCAAAGAUCGAAACGCUAUAAAGGUUAUUUCUGGAGACUCUGAAAUGCUUGGGUAUCUACCUAAAGAUAUAUCCCAGUGCUUGUCCCCGCUGAUCGAUGACUAUGACCUUAAGUUUGAGGGAACGAUAACAUCUGUUCCGAAGAAAUCUUCUGAAGCUGUUCUGAUCAAGGUUGUUUGUCACAAGAUGAGAUCUGAUGGUUGGAAGGAAUGUGAAUUGUAUGGAGAUUUUAAACCUCUUUGGGAGAAAGUUCUUCAGGUUGUUGAGCAUCAGAUGCAAUUUCCGCCUAAAACAACAAGAUAUCAGUUGAACUUCAACGUAUUACUACAAGAAGUUCUAAGAAGCUGCUCUCACUUAUUCACAGCCGAUGAAAAGGCAUUCUUGGAAUCUUUCCCCACACUUUCAGAGGAUAGCCAGAGACUUUUCAUCCGGCUUUACACACGAAAAGGACCUUGGUUUAGGCUAUCAAAUAUAUCAUACCCUGAGGUGACUGAUUCUCUUCAAGCCCUGAAGGAUCUGACAGUCAGGGGAUUUAUGAGUUCAGUGAAGGACGCAAAUGAACUCGAUAACCAAAAGAUGAAGGAAAUCACAGAGUUGCUUAACGUCACUGAACUUCGUGAUAUCUUAUCUAUGAACAAGGUGUUCAGUCGCACCUCAAGAAAGAGAGACCUUAUUAAUUCUCUUUGUUCUUGUUACAAUGAUGGAACGAGAAUAAAUCUAGCAACAGUAAUUCUAGAAAGAACAGGACUAUGUGCUAAGGUAUCAAGUACAGCAGAAUCUCUCAUAUGGCGCGUUGAGAGGCUUUUCUUCCUCAAUGGGGAGCAAGAUCUAUCGUCUUUUGUUCUGCUGGAUCUUGGUAUUAUCAAAUACCCAACUUACAAAUGCAUUGACUCAGAGCAAAUAUUCUCGAAUCGGACCAAGCUUUUAGCAUAUGAAGAGGCCAUUGAAGUGGCUCAGUUGAUGGAUGAGUCUCUUGACAAUGAGGAUCCUCAGACAGUGUUGAAAUGCAUUAUAAUUGCUGAAACCCGCAUAUCCAGUUCCUCUUUGGAUUCUGCUCACGCUGCUGCAUUUAAUCGCUUUACAGCUCCAUGGGUUAACUCAAAGGUGGUUCUCUUAGGAGUUUCCUUUUUUGAGAACCAGAAGAGGUACAACCGAGCAGUUUAUCUACUGAGGCGAUUGCUCAGCUGUUUUAAUUGUGAUGGGAGACGAGGAUACUGGACAGUCAGGUUAUCAACGGAUUUGGAGCACAUGGGACGUCCAAAUGAGAGUCUUACAGUUGCAGAGCAGGGACUAUUGGAUCCUUGGGUGCGUGCUGGUUCAAGGGUAGCUUUGCAAAGGCGGAUUCUUCGUUUGGCAAAACCUCCAAGACGCUGGAAAACUCCCACUUUUUCAAAUCUCGUCGACAACAAGAUCCCCGAGGUUACUAUUCAAGGGAGAUCACUGAACUGUGAAGUUGGCAUAAAAAAUAGGUUUUAUGGAGAAGAUGGAGAACAAUGUGGAGUGGAGCAGCUCGCAUUGCAGUAUUACAGUGGAGAAGGAGGAGGAUGGCAAGGAAUUCAUACAGAGAGUAGUAUCUGGUUAACGAUUUUCGGGCUUCUCAUGUGGGAUAUUCUAUUUUCCGAUGUCCCUGGCGUUUUCCAAACCCGAUUCCAGGUGAAUGAAACUCAAUAGUUGUCUCAUAUGACGCAAAUGAAAACUCUCAUUCUGUUUUCUGUUCCCCUUAUGCAGACUGCUCCACUGGACUUAGAGACUGAAUCCUUCUAUCUAACCAGGAAGGAAACAAUAGAAUCUCAGCUCGAAAAAGUCGCAAAUGGAAUGGCUGAAGAAAUACUAAUCAUAUCAUAUGAAACACAACGUGGAACAGCGUGCAGAGGAGUGGCUUGGGAGCGGUUUUCGUUAGAGGAACUGAGAGCAGCAGUGGCUUGUGUUGGAGGUAUGUGUAUAGCAUCGCUGUGCCGGCAUUUAGCUCAAGACUAUAGGAGCUGGUGCAGUGGAAUGCCUGAUCUACUGGUAUGGCGGUUCAAGGAGAAUGGUUAUGAAGGUGAAGCUAAGCUUGUGGAAGUGAAAUCAGAGAAAGAUAGGUUAUCAGAACAGCAAAGAGCUUGGCUUCUACUUCUAAUGGAUUCAGGCUUUAAUGUUGAGAUUUGCAAAGUAAGACCUGCUUCUUUAAUUAAAACUUAAUUAUCCAAAUUAAAAGGAGAACACACGAUUUGUCGGAUAGUUACUUUUUUUCUUUUUUUCUUUAUGCAAAAGUGAUUUGUUUUUUAUUUGUUGUUGAUUAUUCUCGAGUAGAAAGUAACACGUGUAGAUAGAUAUCUGAGAAUGAGAAUAGUUGAUGAUGUUAGGUUUUGAUGAAGUAGACGUUGUGGCUUGUUUGUUGUACCAUAAAAAGACGACUAAAUUUUGUUCUUCCAUAAACUUUUCAAAGAGAUUUGUAAAUUUGGACAAUGUGUGUGGGUGGUCCUCACAUGUUAGUAGAUUCUUAUGUUAUGCUUU